AUGGACGCGACCCCCGUCAUUCCGAUGUUAGAGCGUUGCUACGGCGAACUUGCAGCUGAUUGGUCGUUCAUGCAGCUGCCAGACUCUGCGCCGGUUGGUCCAUGUGGAGAUCGGCUACUGGGGGAAAGUGCGCCGGAGCUCACUGGCCGACGACUUGGUGAUUUUGAUGUUCGUGGAUGCGGGUCCAUGGUGGAGUUCAUGAGAAAACGUGUCGGUCUGGUGGAGCAUUACAUCGGACGGUUUGAAAUGCGGAUGUCCGAACGAGUGGGUGCCCACCUCGCAAGAUAUUUGGCGAGAAAUCGGGCAUCGUAUUCCGCUGGCCUUGUAUGCUAUGGCCACCAGGGUAGACCAGCUCAGAAGGCAGGCCUUGACUUCCACUGA